GCGACAUCAGGGCUGAAGCAGGCAGAAAGGGCUUGGUCGGGGUGUCACCGGGUCCCGAUCCGUGCGUCUCUCUCUCCGGACGGCAGUAAUCCUGGUCGAACUGGACCCCGCUGUCGCUGCAGCUGAUAGCCGCCCGUAGAGGAGCCUCCUCCUCGGCUAUGCUGCCCUGAGAGCGCCGCGACCAUCCGCCCCGCCAAAAUGUCUGAUGUCAACAAGACUGUUCAGAAAUGGCACGCCAGUUUUAGGAAAGGCACAGACUUUGACUCAUGGGGACAAUUAGUGGAGGCGAUUGAUGAGUACCAAAUUCUAGCCAGACAACUACAAAAGGAGGUCCAGUCUACAAAUUCUUCAGACUUCACAGAGGAGCAGAAGAAAAACCUAGGAAAAAUUGCAACAUGCCUGGAGAUGAGAAGUGCCAGUUUGCAGUGCACCCAGUCAAAAGAGGAGUUCAAGUUAGAAGACAUGAAGAAACUGGAGCUCAUAAUAAUGAACAUACUCACCUAUAACAAAGAGUUUCCUUUUGAUGUCCAGCCUGUGCCAUUAAGGAAAAUCCUCGCUCCGGGUGAGGAGGAGAAUUUGGAGCUGGAGGUAGAAGACGAUGCUGCUGCAGGAGCAGGUUCAACAGAAGCUUUUCCGCCGAGAGCUCCUGCUUCCAAAGGUACCCUGUUGCCACGGUUACCUUCAGAACCUGGGAUGACGCUACUCACAGUAAGAAUAGAGAAAAUUGGGUUGAAGGACGCCGGCCAGUGCAUUGAUGCGUACAUGAGCAUCAGCGUCAAAGAUAUGAAUGGAGUUGAUCUGAACCCAAUGCAGGACACUCCUGUGGCCACCAGGAAGGAAGACACAUACAUUCACUUCAACGUGGACGUAGAAAUUCAGAGGCAUAUAGAGAAAUUGCCAAAAGGAGCAGCCAUCUUCUUUGAAUUCAAGCACUACAAGCCCAAAAAGAGGUUCACCAGCACAAAAUGCUUUGCCUUCAUGGAAAUGGACGAGAUCAAAUCCGGACCGAUUGUCAUUGAACUGUACAAGAAGCCCACAGACUUUAAGAGGAAGAAACUGCAGCUGCUCACAAAGAAGCCACUUUAUCUCCAUCUUGAUCAGACGCUACACAAAGACAGCUAAGCCUCCUGUCUGGCCCCUCACAUCUAAGUUCACUGCAUAUCCAGGGAUUUGGUGUUCCUUCUCAUCGUCCCAUUCAGCAAUACCAAAUCAAGGCUGUGGUGUGAAGAUAGUAAAAGCAACUAAUCUCCUCUUACAGAUUUUAAGAAUUUAAGUGCAUUUUCUCCUCUGUUACAGGGAGUCCCAUAAAUAUACUUUACUUUAAACCAGCAGCAGCAUGUUAAAGCAGCUGAAGACACCUCAUGUUCAGUCUUCCACACGUAGCUCUCUGAUUUUUCUUUUUUGGGGAGUGAAACGGGAACAUCUCUGGAGUCACCGCCGGUACUAAACUUUGACAGUUUGGUUUGUCAAGUUUACGGCACUGAACUCUGGACUUUAAAACUAACAAACCAGCAAAACAUUAACUCCUUAAUUCAACCAAUGUCUUGGGAAAACUUUAAUCCUCUCCUGGAGCAGUUUGUUCGACCUACAAAUGCAUCUAGCAAAUGGGUUUAAACUGAGGACUGAUCACACUAAAAAGACAUGAACGUAACUGUUACUAGGUUUACAUGCCGCCUUGUUUAAAAGAAAUCAACAACUGUCAGAGUUCUUGAAGGGCCAACUCAAUUCACUGAAUAAUUAGACAGAAAAAAGGGGAACAAAAGCAACCAAAAGUGUGCAGAACAGUAUUAGUCUGGCAGGAACUGCUGCAGUUUACUAGAAUGGUACAAAAGUCCACAUAAUGUAGGUAUUUAUAACUUUUCAAAUGGAGAUAACACCUAAAAUUAUUAAACUACUCAGUAAAAACAGUACAAUGCUGUGUAAAAGUACCCCCCCCCCUUGAAUAUUUUCCUUUUUUAUUUCCACACUUAAAUGUUUAAGAUCAAACAAAUUUUAAUAUCAAAAAUAACCUGAACAGCUAGAAAACAGUUUUUAAAUUUUGUUUUUUUUUCAAAGGAACAACAGAAAUCCAAAUGAACUAAAACCAAAAAGUAAUUUCUCUUCAAACCUAAUAGGUUUUAUCACCCUUGGUGGCGACAAGAAAAUAUUUUCUGCCAAUACACAAAUUAGCUCCAGACCAUCCUGCUGUCUGUCGGUAUGAUGUUAUUUUCCUGAAGCGCUGCCUUAGUUUUUGGUCAUCACUGGUUUUCACCUUGGAUUUCUCCUGUCGAGGCUUCGUUCUUAUUGCUGAAUCGUGAACACUGAUCUUAACUGAGACAAGUGAGAGUUUCAGAUGUUCUGGGGUCUUUUGGGGCCUCCUAGGUAAGUCACUAAUGCGCUUUUGAAGUAAUUGAGGUCGAACUUCCACUCCCAUGAAGGGUUAUCAUUCUUCUAAGUUUCGUCCAUUUGUAGGAAGUGUCUCUCACUAUGCUUUGCUGGAAUCCCAAAGCCUUAGAAAUGACUAACUCUGAACAGACUGAUGUCUGUGACCAUGUUUCACAUCUGUUGUUGAAUUUCUUUAGUUCAGGACAUGAUUUGUUGCAUUUCAAGAUCUUUUAGCCUACUUCAUGUUGUCAGACAGGUUCUGUUUAAGUGUGUUUCUUUAUUUUACUGGUCUUUCCGUCGUCAGGCCCAGGUGCAGCUGGUAAAAUUGAACCCAAAAAAAUAUUACUGUGUCAGUUUAUGAUUUCACACGGAGAGCAAAUACUUUUCACUUAGGUUGGUUUGGAUAGCUCUGUCCUUUAAAAAAUGAAAUGAUUUGAAAACACCUUUUUGCACUUAGGUUAUAUUUGUAAUACUUUCUCACAUAUUUUAACUAGAAAACAGGGUGCACUAAAUGUGUACCUAUACUUCACGUAUUCCAUCCUACAGUUCGGUUGUUUUUGCAGCAUCCCCAAAGACGUUUUUUUUUUUUUUUCUCACGGCUUUAAUUUACACAUUUGUAUAUUUAAUUUCUGGGCUUUCUAAACUAGGAACUUUUAAGAGCAUCGAGAACAAAAAAAAACUAUUUUUAUUGUUUAAACGAUAGCCACAACAAACCAAACAAUUUAUUCAGUGUUGUUUAAAACGCUGCCGAACUCUACAGAUUGUGCUGGUUUAACGUUUUUUACGUUUUAACAUGCAAUAGUCUCAACUACAUUUUUAAUAAAUUGUAUAUUUGCAAAGGGAUGCAUGAAACCACAUGUCUUUGUAUUUAAAUGAAGAGUUCAGUUUGUUUACAUCUGAUGGAAAUUAAUCAAAUGAAGCAUGGGUAGAAAGCAGAAAAAAAGGUGAUUGUUUGAAUGUUUUUCUAUUUGUUUUUUUAAAUCCAGUGUCAUGUUUUGUGUGCAGUUUUACCUAAACAUGAAGAUUAAAUGAAACUGUGAUUAGAUGCAUCUUUACAGGUGGAUGAAGAACAGAAUAGUUCAAAUAUAACCCCUUACUUUGUAAUACUAUUUAACGUCACUUCCUGUCACUUGUAGACUUUAUUUUUGUAACAUUACUAAAAGGAGGACAGCAAAUAAACUAAGAUGGACUAACUAUAAAUGUGCAUCGGGAACUAUUUGCAAUUUUUGUUAACUUGUUUGUUCAACCAUUUAUAAUUAUUUUUGAUUGAUAAUAAACUAUAACCGAGGCGGUUUGUAAUUCGUUACAAUUCCCUGAAAAUGUAUUUUGUGAUGAACUGUAAAGUUCUAUUUGGACGAGCUAAAAUCCUUCCCAGAUUUUACUGACUCAGUGUCAGUCAUUUCUGUAAUAUGGAAUACUUAUUUCAAUAUUAAAUAUUUCAUACAUAGCAAAGACUUUUUCUAAGAAA